AUGAAGAACUCCGAGAAGAGUAAUUUCAGGCCACCUGAACGACGCGCAGACCGGGGCCUCUACGGGGCGGAUGUUAUUUAUUCAUACUAUUCAUUUCUCUCUGCAGACGCGAUAUCUCAACUCGUGCUCGAGGAUGUCCAGUAUUUGGAGAGACUUGGAUGUUACCGAUUACCGUCAAGAGCUUCUCUGGACGAGUUUGUCAAGGCGUACUUUCGUUAUAUCCAUCCACAUCAACCCAUCUUGGACGAAGGUGACUUCUGGCGGGCAUAUACCAGUACAUCAGCAAUGCAAACCAUGACGAUCUCCAUCUUCGUCUUCCAGGCAAUGCUGUUUGCAGCUUGCAGUUUUGUUCCAUUUUCUAUCAUUGACCAGCUUGGCUUCGGUGACUUUCAAACAGCUCGCGCGACGUUCUACCGCCGAGCCAAAGCUCUUUUCCACCUCGACUCAUACAGAGAUACAUUGUUUAGUGCUCAAGGAGCCUUGCUACUCACACAAUAUGUUUCUGCUUCUGAUGCUAAGAUCAACACUUACUGGUUAAGCAACGCCAUAUAUUUUGCUAGGUCUGCUAAUGUGCAUCGACACAAUGGUUUCAAUAAAGCUUCUUUACAACGGUGGACUCAACUGGAGAGGCUCUGGUGUUGCUGCCUGCUUCGAGACCGUCUCCUGGCACUUGGACUACGUAGACCUAUGCAAAUUGAUCCGGGUGAAGGUAUUCUUUCUGAGGUUGAGGAAAAUAUCCUUCACACCAAAGCAGAAGAAUCAAUGGUGUACGACACAAACACGAAACAGGCUUUGACAAGGUCAUUUUCUAUGUUCUGUGGUCUAGCUGCCUUAUUGAGACAGGCCCUCGGAAUCUUGUCACUCGACCCUUCUUUUUCAGGUUCCGGAGAGAUGGCAACGCCUAUUGAUAAAGUAAAAGCCUGCUCAGAGCACCUCGAUCAAUGGUUUGCGAAAGCCAAAGCCAGCAGCCCCAUCGACGGCUCUGUGGAUAAAUCUGUCAUGCUGCAAAACAACAUCGCCUACAUCUACUAUCACUCGGCCAAAAUGGCACUAUGGAAUCAUGCUACUUAUGUUUCGAUCACGAAGGGAUGCCCGGUGCAUAUAGAAUUUCCAGCGGGUGGGAGGGAAGUCGAAACAGCCAUCCAUGGCAUCGACGCAAGUUUACAGCAAAUCGCUGAACAUAGGAUGCUAUCAUUCAUGCCCAUUGCUAUUGUUGCGCAUAUCGCCAUGCCCUUGGUCUGGCAUAUUUUGACCAUCAAGCUGGAUCGGCAGCUUCAGCUUGCUAAUACCCGCAAGCGCUUGAGCGUCUAUCUUUCCGCGCUGAAUGUGCUCAAAGAACGAUAUGAAGGGGUUGACCGAGUCCUGAACCACAUCCGCCAGAUUGUCACCUGCCUCGAUGCACAUGAAACUCCUCGCUCGUUGCCCCUGGACAUUCAUGCACUCGGCGACUUCCUGCCCAACGAUAGUGAUAGAGCAGAAAGCUUCACAUCGUUGCCCCGGUUCUUCUUGCGGACGAUGCUCAUUGUCGAGCAGGCUUUAGCGAAGGGACAAUAUCCCGAGGAACAUGAACUGCCUCGGCCGCUUGCCUCUCCCGGAGGAAGCAACGCUCAUUGCGCAUGUACCUGUAUCUCAAAUGAGUGCUGGGACCUGCCCGAUCUAGGAGACGCCUUCGAUGCAAUGUUGGAGACAACCUUCCCAGCUAAUGCGGCUGAGUCGAAGCGAGCAGAAAAUCCCUACAGUGAUGGCGGAAUCACAAUACAGAAGCCUGAGUCGCUGGAGAGUACAGCAGAUCUCGACGAGUUUCCUGACUUUCUCAACGACGUAUCAUAG